UAGUCAUUAUAUAUAUAUACCACCAACCAUCAGCUUUAUAUUUGCAAAACCCACACCCAAUAUUUUCAACAUAGCUUUUGAACUAGAGCAGAGGAGGGUAGCCAUGGCAGAAAUGGUAGAACGAAAUUAUAGAAAAGUUAUGCCUCUCCCAGCUUCACCUUCCAAUACCAAAACCCUGGGAGAGCUAAUGCAAAUGAUAACCAUUAUAGCUAUUGACCCCUCAAAAGAUGUUACUACAUCUGCAAGUUUGCAAGGUUAUCAGCAUAAUCCACAGGAAGCUUGGCUUCCCAUCACUGAAUCCAGGAAUGGCAACACCUUUUUUGCAGCGUUUCAUUUACUCUGUUCAGGAAUUGGAUUGCAAGCUCUCUUGCUUCCUGUCGCAUUUGCCACACUUGGAUGGGCAUGGGGUAUAAUAUGUUUGUCACUAGCAUUUGCAUGGCAACUCCAUACCAUAUUUAUUCUCGUUCGACUCCAUGAAUUAGUUCCUGGAAUUCGCUACAGCAGAUACAUGCACCUUGCAAUAGUUUCUUUUGGUCCAAAACUAGGGAAGUUGCUUGCCCUAUUCCCUGUAUUAUACAAUUCAGGGGGUAUGUGUAUCAUUCUAAUUAUUACUGGAGGUAGGACGCUGGACCUCAUAUUCAAAACCCUAUGUGAUCGUGAUGCCAUGUGUCAUGCUAAAUCAUUAACAAAUACAGAGUGGUUCUUGGUGUUCACCUGCUUAGCAAUACUUAUAGCCCAACUACCAAACUUGAACUCUGUAGCUUGGGUGUCUUUAAUUGGGGCCAUCACAGUCGUUCUAUAUUCUACUUUGAUUUGGGCUCUCUCAAUUACCAAAGAUAGGCCAAUAGGCAUAUCCUAUGGUCAAUUUGACAAAUUGAAAUCUAACAUGGAAAAAUUUAGUGAUGUGUUGAAUGCACUUGGGAUCAUAGCCCUCGCAUUCAAAGGACAUAAUGUUAUCCUCGAGAUACAGGGAACAUUGCCUUCAAGUCCAAAACAAACAUCCUAUAAGUCAAUGUGCACAGGGGUGACAAUAUCAUACAUAGUAAUCACUAUGUGCCAAUAUCCCCUUGCAAUAGCUGGAUUUUGGGCUUAUGGAAACAAGGUACCGUACUCUGGAGGACAAGGACUGUUGACUGCAUUUUCACAAAUCCACGGGCCAAGCACCUCGAAGUUAAUUAUGACCUCAAUUUACCUACUUGUAUUGGUGAACUGUUUAUGUACAUUCCAAGUUUACGCCAUGGUUGUUUUUGACAACUUGGAAGUUAGAUACACAAGCAAGAAAAAUCAGCCAUGCCCAAGAUGGGUUCGCACAUGCCUUCGCAUUUUCUAUGGAGGGUUGGCUUUCUUUCUUUCCGUGACUUUCCCAUUUUUGGGAAGCCUAGCACCUUUAGUUGGAGGUGCUACAUUGCCUUUAACUUUUGCUUAUCCAUGUUUCAUGUGGAUUGCAAUGAAGAAUCCUCGACCAAAUGGUUUGGUUUGGUUUAUAAACAUGGGUUUAGGUUGCUUUGGCAUUGUCUUGACUAUUCUAAUAGUUAUUGCAGCGGCUUGGACCUUAGCUGACAAAGGCCUAAAAGCCAACUUCUACAAGCCUUAAUGACAUAUACAUUAGUAAGAAAUUAAACCUAUAACCAUUUUGGAUGUAUAUAUGGGCCUCGGGGAAUUACUUAUUCGAUUGGCUGU